AUGGACCAGCAGCAGAGGAGUUCCUCCGGCUACUCCCACAGCCCUCGAUCUCCAUCCUCGCAACCUUACUUAUCAGUUUCCGUCACCGACCCCGUCAAGUUAGGCAAUGGCGUUCAGGCUUACAUCUCGUAUCGAGUCAUCACCAAGACGAAUCUGCCUGAUUACCAAGGACCUGAAAAAAUUGUCAUUCGGCGGUACAGCGAUUUUGUAUGGUUACAUGAUCGUCUUUUUGAGAAGUAUAGAGGAGUUUUCAUUCCUCCUCUACCAGAGAAGAGUGUUGUAGAAAAGUUCCGCUUCAGUGCUGAAUUUAUUGAAAUGAGGCGUCAGGCAUUGGACGUAUUUGUUAACCGGAUAGCCUCUCACCAGGAACUUCAGCAAAGUGAGGAUCUGAAAACCUUUUUACAGGCAGAGGAAGAGACAAUGGAAAGAUUAAGAGCUCACGAGUCGAGUUAUUUUAAGAAGAAGCCAGCAGACUUGUUGCAAAUCUUCAAGGAUGUGCAAUCUAGAGUGAGUGAUGUCGUGUUGGGGAAGGAGAAACCAGUUGAAGAAUCAAAUCCUGACUAUGAAAAGCUGAAGCAUUACAUCUUUGAGCUUGAAAACCACUUGGCUGAGGCUCAAAAACACGCAUAUCGGCUUGUGAAGCGCCACAGAGAAUUGGGACAAUCACUAUCGGAUUUCGGGAAGGCAGCUAAGCUACUUGGUGCUUGCGAAGCAGAUGGUCUUGGAAAAGCACUAACUGAGUUUGGGGCUAAAUCAGAGACUUUAUCAAUCCGGCUGCAGAAGGAAGCCCAUCAACUCCUAAUGAAUUUUGAAGAACCUUUGAAAGACUAUGUCCGUGCGGUGCAGUCAAUAAAGGCAACUAUUGCUGAAAGAGCCAAUGCCUUCAGGCAACAAUGUGAACUGGCUGAAACAAUGAAGUUGAAGGAGAUAAAUCUAGACAAGCUUAUGCUGACACGAUCAGACAGAGUGGGGGAAGCUGAAAUCGAGUACAGAGAGUUGAAGGAAGAUAGCGAAGAAGCUGCUAGAAGAUUUGAGAGCAUUGUCCGACUAAUGAAUGAAGAGAUUGUACGUUUCCAAGAUCAGAAGAUGAUCGACAUGGGAAGAGCAUUCCAUGAAUUUGCAAAGGGGCAGGCACGACUUGCUAAUAAUAUUGCAGAUGCUUGGCGAAGUCUCCUUCCUAAGCUUGAAGCUUGUUUCACAUAG